AUGUCGUUAGUGUAUCGAAAAUCUGUAGAUCUCCUAACAGUGGCAAAAUGGAUAAUGCGAAGAGAAAUACGUUCCCUUUCUUCACUACCCGAGAAGGCUGAGGAAAAGGAUGUAGCUGUAGAAGAAAAGCGACACAUAGGGCGCCGACCUCGUCCUCAGAACCCAAUGCUGGAGUACAGAAAUGUGUACCCAGAAUUUUUACCCGAUCCCAAUCCUAACUGGCGUAAUAGUUUAAGAGAAAAACUUGAACGGGUUGAUAUGCUCAAAAGGAGAAAUCAGAUAAAUAUUCCAGAGUUUUAUGUCGGAUCAAUACUUGCAGUAACAAUAUCAGAUCCUCAUGCUCAAGGCAAAACAAAUAGAUUUGUGGGAAUAUGUAUUGAACGGAAAGGUUGCGGGCUCCGGGCAGAGUUUACUUUAAGGAAUGUUGUAGAUCAUCAAGGUGUUGAGGUUAGGUAUGAAUUGUAUGAUCCAACAAUCCAAACAAUACAAGUUUUAAGACUUGAAAAACGUCUUGAUGAUAAGUUGUAUUACCUUCGAGAUGCCCUACCCCAGUACAGUACUUUCCCAUUUGAUAUGGAUCCUGAAAUACUGCCUGAAGGUACACCUGUACCAAUUAACCCAGUGCAGGUUGAAUUAAAACCAAGGCCAUGGCUAGAAAGAUGGGAGAGACAAGAACUGAAAGGAAUAUCUAAUAUUGAAGAGUAUUUAAAAGAAAAAGAUAGGGUAAGAAGGGAAUUAAGAAAAACUCCAUGGGAGAAGUACGACCUUAUGAAACAAUACAGAAAAACUAUACCAAUUGAAGAACAAAAUGAAAUUUGGGGUGAAGUUUACAAUCAGCUUCAACAAAUGAAGACCUCGAAGAAGAAAAUUACUCGAAAACGGGUUAUGUCGGCACCCAAAUCACAGCUUGGAUAG